GACGGCAAUAUUUACACACCUGUCUUCGUGUGUAGGUGUCUUUAUGUUUUGGCGUAGAGAAUUGCUGUUGGAUUUUAAAAAGCAGAAGUUUAUAAAAUUACAUCGUUCGCUCUAAAGACUUGACAGUAAAAGGUUGAUAGUUCCCAGGAGUGCUUUCCUAUCUGCUAGCAAACUUGCAGAUUAUGGAUCCGUUGUUGUAUCUUGGAGGAAUAGUAGUUCUGUUUCUGUUGUGGAUCAAGGUGAAAGGGUUGGACUACGUGAUAGUUCAUCAGAGAUGGAUAUUUGUCUGUCUGUUUCUACUGCCGCUGUCAGUCAUAUUUGAUGUCUAUUAUUACCUGCGCGCGUGGCUCAUCUUCAAGAUGUGUUCUGCACCAAAACAGCACCACCAGCGCGUGCGUGACAUCCAGAGACAGGUACGUGAAUGGAGGAAAGAGGGAGGGAAGACACAAAUGUGUACAGGUCGUCCGGGUUGGCUGACUGUCUCCCUGAGAGUAGGGAAAUACAAGAAGACCAACAAGAACAUUAUGAUCAACAUGAUGGACAUUCUGGAGGUGGACACACAGAGACAGGUAGUUCGUGUGGAGCCCCUUGUCAAUAUGGGCCAGAUCACAGCCCUCCUCAACUCCCUGGGCUGGACUCUGCCUGUGCUGCCAGAACUUGACGACCUCACUGUCGGAGGUCUGGUAAUGGGUACAGGUAUAGAGUCAUCCUCUCAUGUCUACGGACUCUUCCAGCACAUCUGUGUUGCAUUUGAGCUGGUGCUGGCUGAUGGCAGUCUGGUCCGCUGCACUGAGGAGGAGAACUCUGACCUGUUCCACGCGGUUCCAUGGUCCUGUGGAACUCUGGGAUUCCUGGUUGCUGCGGAGAUAAAGAUUGUCCCGGCUAGAUGUUGGGUUCGUCUGCAGUAUGAGCCAAUCAGAGGGCUGGAGAACAUCUGUCGUCGGUUCACUGAGGCGUCUAAGGACAAGAACAACACCUUUGUAGAAGGUCUGCAAUAUUCCCUGGAUGAAGCGGUUAUUAUGACUGGCACAAUGACCGACACUGCCGAACCCAACAAGAUCAACCGGAUCGGCCUCCACUACAAGCCAUGGUUCUUCAAGCAUGUUGAGAGUUACCUCAGCAACAACCAGAAGGCUGUGGAGUACAUCCCUCUGCGCCACUACUACCACCGGCACACGCGGUCUAUCUUCUGGGAGCUCCAGGACAUUAUCCCAUUCGGAAACCAUCCAGUGUUCCGCUGGUUGUUUGGAUGGAUGGUUCCUCCUAAGAUCUCUCUGCUGAAGCUAACCCAGGGAGAGACAAUCCGACAGCUGUACGAGCAACACCAUGUUGUUCAGGACAUGCUGGUCCCCAUGAAACACAUCCAAACCGCCAUCACGCGCUUCCACCAGGACAUCCAUGUGUACCCCCUGUGGUUGUGUCCGUUCCUGCUCCCCCCGGGCCGGGGGAUGGUCCAUCCUAAAGGCGAGGAGGCGGAGCUGUAUGUGGACAUCGGAGCGUACGGAGAGCCCAGAGUCAAACACUUCCAGGCCAAAGCCUCGUGCAGACAGCUGGAGCAGUUUGUCAGGGAGGUGCACGGGUUCCAGAUGCUGUACGCUGAUGUGUACAUGGAGCGCAGUGAGUUCUGGGAAAUGUUCGACGGGACUUUGUACCACCGCCUGAGGAAAGAGCUGGGCUGUCACGACGCUUUCCCUGAAGUCUACGACAAGAUCUGCAAAGCAGCACGGCACUGACCUCUGACCCUUUAGACUGCCACCCCACCAGCAGUAUAAUGAAGACGAUAGUCGCUAAGCGUUGUUUGCACCCUGUUCUCAGCCUGUUUGUAACUUUAAGUCCACUGAACACAGCCCUAUGAACGGCCUGUUUUCAAGGCUGUGUAACCUGGUUAUUUCUCGUGAUGUUAACGUUUAUUUGAUCAAUUCCUAAUUUGACUUUCGAGGGGUAUAUUUCCUUACUUCAGACUGGACAUCUUAUGCACUGUGGCUUUAAUGAUGUGACGUAGUAGAGAAGGAUGUUUUUUAUGCACUUAUGUCAUAUCCGGUCUACUGUUGUGUCUGUCACGUGUUGACGAUCACCCUGUUAGAACACCCUGUUAGAACACCCUGUUAGAACACCCUGUUAGAACACUUGAGUAUUUUUUGUCUUUUCCACUGUACUUAAACUCAGCCUUAAACUCAGUGGUCUGUGGAGUAUGAAGUAUUUCACAACUACCUCUGGUUUGUGAAAUAACAGUCACCAGCUUAGUUCACACUGUGUACUCUAUGUAUGUAUGUAUGAAUGUAUGUACGCGUGUGUAUGUGUCCUAAAGAAGAAAAAGGACAUUACUGCUUUUGACCACAAAUAUUUCUGUUGAUGCAUGAUAAUAAACUUUGAUUUGUCAACAAUA